ACACAUUUGUCCUUCGACCCGAUCCUCACCCCUUCACUUGUGAUCUCGACCUUAGCGUAUCAGCAGUACUUCUUUCGCCAUGAACCCUCAUCAGAAGAACAAGGUCGACGUCAAGUCACUCACUCCUGAGGAGCAGCGUCUUUUCCGCCUCUACGGCAAGCUGCCCUCUCGAUCCGACCACUUCGCCAAGCAUCUCAAGGACCGCAAAUACUUCGACUCAGGCGACUAUGCCAUGUCCAAGGCCGGCAAGGGCGACGGCGUUGAUGCUGGUGCCGUCGGCUCUCAGCACCCAGUCCCCGAGAACAUACCCCACCUCUCGUCCCCGGUGAACGGCUCCGGAGCCAACGUACCCAAGCACGCCCAUCACGGCUCCGUGCCCGGCAUCCAGGCUGGCAGCCCUAUCAAGGAGAGCAGCUUCCUCAAGAGCGAGACAAGCGCUGACGAGACCGAGGGUAAUGAUGCCGACAAGUCCAAGGAUGCAGAUGCUGCUAUACCUGAGCCUGUUGCCGCUGGCGGCGAGGGCAUUCCAAUCCGACGAUAGAGCGUUGAAUGAAAAUGGUAAAAGAAAAGUGCAACUGAG